AUGCCGCUAUCAACUUCGAGCGUCCGGCUGUUCCGCCGCGCGCAAUUGCUUCAGUGCUGCCGCCACGCCCAAUCCCUCAUUGGUAGCCGAUACCAUGGCCGUCUGUCCAGCUCUCUGGCUUCUCAAUUGAACUCGAUCAAGCCAAAGGGCUCGUCCUCUCCUUUACACCUUCAUGCUGCAAAGUCAUUGGCGAUCAUACCGAGGCAAGAAUAUUCUACGACGACAAGCACGCCGAGUACCGCCGACUCGAAGGAACACAAUCCUGCGACUCAUUAUAUGCCGCCUCAGACGGGCCUAAUUGCCUCGCUGCCCAAGUCAUGGAUCCCUUAUGCCGAGUUGGUCCGCCUGGACAAGCCCACAGGCACAUACUAUCUCUUCUUCCCUACCCUCUUCUCCACUCUUCUCGCCGCCCCGAUGGCCGGCGUGGAACCGCUUCAAGUCCUAGGCACUGCUGGACUCUUCUUCACGGGCGCUCUGAUCAUGCGUGGUGCAGGGUGUGCAAUUAACGAUCUAUGGGACCGAAAUCUGGACCCUCAUGUGGAACGCACCAAGUUCCGACCCAUUGCUCGCGGAGCUCUUUCACCGCGGAACGCAGUGUUGUUUACGGGUAGUCAACUGCUGGCGGGACUCGGGGUUCUCCUUCAAUUCCCUUCCCAAUGUCUCUGGUACGGCAUUCCUAGUCUGCCCAUUGUGGUGAUUUACCCUCUGGCCAAGCGAGUUACCAACUACCCCCAGGUUGUCCUGGGUCUCGCCUUCUCAUGGGGCGCAAUCAUGGGCUUCCCAGCACUGGGCGUUGAUUUACUUGCCAACCAUGACGCCCUGAUGGCAUCGGCAGCCCUGUAUACCAGCUGCAUUUCUUGGGCGGUCUUGUACGAUAUGAUCUACGCGCAUAUGGAUAUUAAGGAUGAUGUCGCGGCUGGAAUCAAGUCCAUCGCUCUGCGCCACGAACAUAACACCAAGGCUGUUCUCUCUGGACUGGCAGUCGCUCAAGUUUCCCUCCUUGGUGCGGCGGGUAUUGCUGCGGGCUGUGGACCGGUCUUCUUCGUUGGCAGCUGUGGUAGUGCUAUUCUUUCCUUGGGCCUGAUGAUUUGGAAGGUUCAACUUAAGAGCGUUCCGAACUGCUGGUGGUGGUUUAAGAAUGGCUGUCUCUUGACAGGUGGUGGCAUCAGCUUGGGCCUUCUCGGGGAAUAUGGUGCGCAAUACUUUGGAUUGUAUGAUAGGGAGGGUGAUAAAGAAGGGCUUUUGAAGUCUGAGUGA